AUGACGAAUUCCAAAGAAGUCGGGUCCGAAGGUGGUUGCCGACAACAGGCCCACAUGGCCAAGAUCCUUAAAAAGGUCAAAGCGAAGUAUGUUACCGACUGCAUUGAAUCCACUUCCAACGAAAGCCUCUGGGAGCUCUAUCUCCAGUUUUUUAGGGAUUCAAACGAGCUUGAGAUGGUUCGGAAGGCUGGGUCCAUGGAGACACUUCCCAUUGGUGAGGCGGAUAGGGAUGACAUCCUCACUGGCUUUGGACUGCAAUGGCAAAGCGAUAAAUCCCUUAAACUUCACCCAUAG